AGGAAGAAAAGUCGUGUGGGCAAAUCAACCAAUCGAAGGUUCGGGAAGAACGGUAUAUGACAGCUGCAGACGGAGAAUCAUUUCCUCGUUGGACUCUCUUGCGUGCAAUCGUAUCCAGCCAUAACUCUGUCAUAUAGGGUUAGGGUUUUUCAAUUCGUCUGUAAUUUAGCCAAUCAAUCGGGCAUUCGAGGUCGGCAAUGGGAAGAAUGGCGAGAAGCUGCGUACAAUCGAUGCUGAAGCUGGUGAAUUCGUUGAUUGGUCUGGUUGGGAUUGCGAUGAUACUCUACGGUUUGUGGAUGAUUAGGGAUUGGCAUAGGCAUACUCAUGAUGGUCCUUCUCCUUUCGGUUCCAAUACUCCAGCUCCAUGGUUCAUGUACACUUUUCUUUCCCUUGGGGUCACUUUGUGUGUGAUUACAUGCUCAGGUCAUAUUGCUGCAGAGACUGUUAAUGGUUGCUGCCUUUACUGUUAUAUGGCAUUUGUCUUCUUGCUGCUUGUGCUGGAAGCUGCAGUGACUGGUGAUGUAUUUUUGAACCACAACUGGGAGGAGGACUUCCCGGUGGAUCCAACUGGGAACUUUAAUGAGUUCAAACAUUUCGUCAGAAAGAACUUUGAGAUGUGCAAAUGGAUCGGCUUGUCGGUUGUGUGUGUACAGGGACUGUGUAUGUUACUUGCUAUGAUUCUGAAAGCUUUGGGGCCACAUCCUGAAAGAUGCUAUGAUAGUGAUGAUGAUUAUACUCCAGACAGGGUUCCACUCUUGAAGAAUUAUGUUCAGCCGCAUUAUGUUGUUGGUGACCCUAUCUACAGAUCCAAGAAUGAUUCUUGGAAUGUGCGGAUUAAUGAUAAGAUAAACAAGUGAAGAGGAUUUGGAUCAGGUAGAGCCUUCAUAUGCAUGAUAAGAAAGAAGCACAGCAAGGUUGUUAUAUGUCUUAUUGGAGCCUAAACUACCCUACAAGGUUAAAAAUGAAAAAUAAAAAUAAAAAUGACAGGCUUAUAUAGCAGGUGGUAUAACUUAAUUGACAGGUGCAUAUAACUGUAGAAUUCUCUAUCUACUAUACUGGAAUAUCAUGAUGUAAAUAGCGAAUUUGCAACUACCUUUUGUUUGUGCAUAUACAACUGCAGAAUUCUCUACCUUUUACCUGCGCUUAACUGUUACUUGUAGUUCCCAUA